AUGGGCUGCGGCGCCAGUAGGAAGGUGGUCCCGGAGCCGCCUGCGGUGGCCGGGGUCUCGCAGGAGGGCCGGGGCCCAGGCAUCGCCGGGGGCUGGGGACCCGGGCUGGAGGUGGCUGCCGAAGCGGCGCGGAGGAUGCAGGUGGCCCGCUUCCGAGCCAAGUUCGACCCCCGUGUCCUCGCCAGAUAUGACAUCAAGGCUCUUAUUGGGAGAGGCGGUUUCAGUAAGGUUGUCAGGGUGGAGCAGAAAGCCACCAAAACACCUUUUGCAAUAAAAGUGAUGGAAACCAGAGAGAGGGAAGGCAGAGAAGCGUGCGAGUCUGAGCUCAGCGUCUUGAGGCGGGUUAGCCAUUGCUACAUAGUCCAGCUCAUGGAGAUCUUUGAGGCACGUGAUCGAGUUUACGUGGUGAUGGAGCUGGCCACAGGAGGUGACCUUUUCGAUCGACUCAUUACUCAGAGAUCCUUUACAGAGCAGGACGCUGUGAGAAUCCUCCGGAUGGUUGCUGAUGGGAUCAGGUAUUUGCACACUUUGAGAAUAACUCAUCGGGACCUAAAGCCUGAAAAUCUCUUAUACUAUCAUCCAGGUGCUGAGUCGAAAAUUUUAAUCACCGAUUUUGGGUUGGCAAACUCUGGGGACAAAAGUGGUGACUGGAUGAUGAGGACGCUCUGUGGAACACUGGAGUACAUAGCCCCCGAGGUUUUGCUAAGAAAACCUUAUACCAGUGCAGUGGACAUGUGGGCUCUUGGUGUAAUUACAUACGUUCUACUCAGUGGAUUCCUGCCUUUUGACGAUGAAAGCCACAUGAGGCUGUAUAGGAAAAUUCUGAAAGGCAAAUAUCAUUAUACGGGAGAGCCUUGGCCAAGUGUUUCCCAGUUGGCGAAAGACUUUAUAGACAAACUACUGAUUGUGGACGCUAGUCAUCGCAUGUCAGCUGGCCAGGUCCUGGAUCACCCCUGGGUGAUCAUCAUGGCUGCAGGGUCUUCCAGGAGGAAUCUUCAGAGGGCCGUUUCUUGGAACCUCAUGCGGAAGUCCUCUCCCUAUUCACAGGGUCCCGGAUCUGCACAGUCUUCUAAGUCAUAUUAUCCUCACAAAUCAAGGCAUAGGAGGAGCAAGAGAAACUUAGAGGUAGAAGAAUCACCACUUUUGUGA